AGACGACGAGCACCGGCCAAUACUAUUGGGCAACCACCACCGUCACGACGCAUCGCCUUCAUCUUCCAAUGAGAACUCUCCAGUGAUGAGGCGCUCGUCGUCCCUAAUUCAUAAUAAUAACAAUAAUAAUCCCCACGACGGAGAUAGUGGGGAGGUCAUCGUCAAAAUAGACCGAGAUAGCAAUCAAAGCGGCGACAUUCUCCACGACGAUGGCAGCGGGGAGUUUGAAUUCCAGCAUAACGGCAGUAAGGAUGUGGCGGAGGACCCGCCGUCGAGGCUGAUCGGCCAGUUUCUCAACAAACAGAGGGCGGCAGGGGGAGAGAUAUGUCUGGACAUGGACAUGGGAAUGGAUGAGUUGCGUGACAGCAACUCGGGUGCAUGUGCAUGUUCCCCCGUUAGUUUUCCUCCCCACGAACCCUAUUUCUCUAAUCGCUACAACAGCAAUCGGAUCUCCGCAUCCAGAGAUCUCAAAGUUCAAUUCAUUGAAGAGCAUUCGGGAGAUUCAACGCCUCCCAACAGCAGAGUGGUCGAUAUCGCCCUCGAUCAUCACCAACAAAAUCAUUCUCCAUCAUCUUCGUUGUCGUCAUCUAGUGAUGACGACAACGAUGAAGAGAUGAUGGAGCCGCCUCAACAACAACGCAGCAGGAGAAGAAUGUCAGGCAGCAUGACUUUCAGCUUUAAUAACAACAACAACGUUGUUGAGGGGAGUAAAGGAGGAGAUGGCCACGUGGUGAAAUGCACCUCCUUCCAGAGGAGGGGCAGUUUCAUGGCGGGGAGAAGGAUGAUAAACAAAACCAAGUCAAGGCUAAUGGAUGACAUUGUGGUCGUCCCGGACGUGGUCGUUUCAGAGAAGAAGUCUGGGAGGAUAUUUGAGAAAUCGUCUGUUCAAACCAUGAGGUCUUCCGGACUGAUGAUGGGAAAGUCGCCUGAGGAGGAGGAAGAUGAUCCUCUUUUGGACGACUUUGACAUCCCAGAGGAAUUCAAAAGUUCCAAGAUAGACGCGCUCACCCUGGCACAGUGGAUCAGCUUGGUGGUCAUUGUGACGUCUUUGGUAUGCACCCUUUGCUUCCCGAGCCUCAAGGCCUACAGAAUGAGGGGCCUGAGGCUUUGGAAGUGGGAGGUCCUCAUUCUAGUGUUGAUAUGCGGGAGGCUAGUAUCAGGAUGGGCCAUCAGGGUGGCCGUGUUUUUCAUCGAGAGGAACUUUCUACUAAGGAAGAGGCUAUUGUAUUUCGUGUAUGGGGUGAGGAAAGCGGUGCAGAACUGCAUGUGGCUGGGGCUGGUGCUCAUUGCGUGGCACUCCAUGUUUGAUAAGAAGGUGGAGGGGAACAACGACUUCCUCCGGUCUGUCAACAAGAUCAUGGUGUGCAUGCUGAUCGGCAUCACCCUUUGGCUUCUCAAGACUCUCAUGGUGAAAGUACUGGCUUCUUCAUUCCACGUCAGCAAAUUCUUCGACCGUAUUCAGGAGUCGCUGUUCAACCAGUAUAUCAUCGAGGCUCUGUCGGGUCCCCCGUUGAACGAGAUACACAGCCAGCAGGAGGAGGAGGACAGGGCGAUGGCGGAGGUGUGGAAGCUUCAGGAUGCCGGGGCGAAGUUGCCCCCGGAGCUUAAAGCAUCUGCUUUCAAGCACCUGAAAAGCAACAACAACUUUAGCAGGGUGGUUGAUCAUGUUGGUGGUGGUGGAGGGGCGACGCCAACAAGAAUCUCUGGCAUCAUAUCCACCAGAAGUGUGGUGGAGGAGACAGAGGAGCAGCAUCAUCAUCAAGGGAUAACAAUUGAUUUUCUACACAAGUUAAACCCGAGGAACAUUUCAGCAUGGAACAUGAAGAGGUUGGUGAAAAUGGUCCGACACGGGGUGCUGUCUACGCUGGAUGAGCAAAUCCAUUGCACGGCACAGAAGUACGAGGCCAACCAGAUCAGGAGCGAGUGCGAGGCUAAAUUGGCUGCCAGGAAGAUAUUUCAUAAUGUGGCCAAGCCCAAGUCCAACUCCAUCUACUUGGACGACUUGAGGCGCUUCUUGCGACAAGAGGAAGCAGUGCAGGCCAUGAAUCUUCUAGGCGGAUCGCGCGAUUGCAGAAGGAUCCGGAAAGUGUCCCUUAAAAAUUGGGUGGUUAAUGUGUUCAGAGAAAGAAGAGCAUUAGCACUAACAUUGGACGACACAAAAACAGCGGUUAAAAAGUUGCACCAGAUGGUGACAGUGUUAGUGGCGGUCAUCAUUUUCCUCAUCAGCCUGGUAAUCCUAGGAUUUGUAACGGGAAGGGAUCUUAUGUACAUAAGCUCCCAGGUGGUGAUCGUGACAUUCAUUUUUGGGAACCAAUGCAAGAACGUGUUCGAGGCAAUCAUAUUCUUGUUCGUGAUGCAUCCAUUCGACGUGGGGGACAGAUGCGAGGUGGAUGGAGUUGAGAUGGUGGUGGAAGAGAUGAACAUCUUGACAACUGUGUUCUUGAGGUACGACAAUCUAAAGGUACACUUCCCGAACAGCACGCUAGCAAUGCGGCCCAUAGGGAACUUCUACCGGAGCCCGGACAUGGGAGACUCAGUGGACUUCUUGGUCCAUAUAGCGACACCAAUGGACAAGAUAAAAGGGAUGAACCAGAGGAUAGUGAACUUUGUGGAGAGCAAGAAGGAGCACUGGUAUUCGUCCCCCAUGGUGGUGUUGAUGAACAUUGAGGACAUGAACAAGCUGAAAAUGUCAGUGUGGCUAAGACAUAAGAUGAACUUCCAAGACAUGGGAGAGAGGUGGCUGCGACGUGCUCAGCUAGUGGAUGAGAUGGUUAAAAUAUUCAAGGAGAUGGACAUAGACUACCGACUCUACCCUGUCGAUAUUAAUGUUCGCGCGAUGCCCACCAUUCAGUCCACCCGACACCCACCUAAGUGGCAGCCUCCCUCCAUCCCAGAUCCAUCCGUUUGAUGGGGAGCUUUAAGUUGAAUUUUCCUCUCUUUGAUUGUUGGGCAGCUUUCCUUGAAAGCAGAGCGAAUGCCCUCCACGGUAAACUCAUCCUCAGAUGUGUCUACUCCCUUAAUGGGGUGUUCUUUCCUUCCUGCAGAUAUUAACUUAGCCCUACUUCUAGUAACCAUGUGAGAUGGUGAAAAGGUUGACUUACCCUUGUUUAAUUUAGGGAGCUGCAUUGACACCUUAGAGCAUCUAGAGAGAUUGAAACAACUUGGUGAGUUUGUUCUUCGAUUGGAUACCAAUCUCCACAGUUGCCUGAUUUCCCAGAAUGUGGUUGGACCCUAAAAUCCGAAGCCAUUCCAGUUUGUGUAUCCAGUUUUGAUUUCUCCCUAGCUUUACGAUAGAAGAGUUGGAGGUUUUUGACAAAGUUUUUAAUCAACUUGAAUUGGUUCCCUACUGGAACAGAGACCUUUCUGCUGCCUUCAACUCUUUUUUCGAAAAUGAUUACUUGAUUCUCAUUGGCUUCCUUGUUAACAGCCACAACCAUAUCCCUGUUACCAGUAUAUUUACUAAACACCCAACUUGGCUCAGAGUAAAUUUUCAAUAAGCAUUCCAAAACCCAGCUGAAUAGAUCAUAGUUGAACCAAAUUAUACUAUUGCUUUUGCCCUCUACUGCCAGGCAGAAGGUUUGAUUGUAAUGAGAGUGAAAAAGAUUAUAGGUAACAUUA